AUGGCUGAAUUUUCUGGCCUCCGCGAGGUCGGUGGGGUGCGGGUAGCCAUUGAGGGUUGCGGUCAUGGCGCACUUGAUGCGAUUUACGGUGCUGUUGACGCGUCGUGCGCAGAGCGGGGGUGGGAUGGUGUUGACCUUGUCAUCAUUGGCGGCGACUUCCAGGCCACGCGCAAUGCGUCAGAUCUCAACCUCAUGUCUGUGCCGCCCAAGUACCGCGCGAUGGGCGACUUCCAUCUCUACUAUUCGGGCGCCCGCAAGGCGCCGUACCUGACUGUCUUCAUCGGUGGCAACCACGAGGCUGCCGGCUACCUCUGGGAACUGUUCUACGGCGGCUGGGUGGCGCCCAACAUCUACUACUGGGGCGCGGCCAACGUGCUGCGUUUUGGUCCUUUGCGGCUGGCGGGCAUGAGCGGCAUCUGGAAAGGGUCAGACUACCGCCGGCCGCACCACGAGCGCCUGCCGUUCCGGCAAGACGACAUCAAGAGCUUUUACCAUGUGCGCGAGUGUGACGUGCGCAAACUGCUGCAGAUCCGUGAGCCCGUCGACAUUGGCAUGAGCCACGACUGGCCGCGCGCGAUUGAGUGGCACGGCGACAAUGAGCAGCUGUACCGCAUGAAGCCUCACUUCCGCCGUGAGUCCAUGGAGGGUACGCUGGGCAAUACGGCGGCCGAGUACGUCCUAGACCGGCUGCGGCCUCGGUUCUGGUUCUCGGCGCAUAUGCACUGCAAGUUUGCAGCUAUCAAACAGUUCGACCCACCGGAGCUGGAAGACCCCGUACAGGCCGCACAGACUCAGCAGGCCCUCAAGGAAGAAAGAGCGAGUGCUGCUAAUGAAGCGACUACGCCACGCAAAACAAGCUCACUCCCUCCACCGACACAAAGUGCCGAUGCAGGCAACCCAGAUGAGAUCGAUCUGGACCUUGGCGACAAUGAUGGUGAUGACGACAAAGGCACUGACAGUGCCCCGGCACCAGCCGAGAAGAAACCGGAGACUAUAGUAUCGACUGAACUGAACGAAAACGAGGGAAAAGAGGAGUCAGCCGCUCUUCCCAAUAUUGAUGGCGUUUCGAGCGAGCUCUUAGCACAGCUUCCGGCCUCGUUUCAGCGCCCGCUCCCUUCACAGCAGCAAUACCAGCACCGUGCUCACCUGAAGCCAGGCCAGCCAGUGCCGCCCACAAUCACAAACACCCAGGUCAACUUCUUGGCCCUGGACAAGUGCUUGCCAGGGCGUCACUUCCUGCAGCUGUGCGAAAUUGGUCCUGCGGACCCCAGUGUCAUGGUCGGGGCCGUCGAGUUGCCAAUUGAAAAGAAAGACGACACAGCCGAGGGUGGCGAAGCAGCCGACGCAAUCGACGCUGCGGAGACAACUGCCAGCACAAGGCCUCGCUUCCGCCUGGAAUAUGACCCGGAGUGGCUCGCCAUUACACGUGCUUUUGCCAAGGACCUGACCGUUGGUGAGAGGGACGUACCAGUGCCGCCCGACCAGGGCGAGGCGCACUACCGCACGCUUAUCGACACGGAACGUGCAUGGGUAGACGAGAACAUUGUUGCCAAAGGCCUCUUGGCAGUACCCGACAACUUUGCUAUCACGGCGCCUGUACACGCGCCCGAGCCCGGUCAGCCAGAGACGUAUGCCAAGGGUCAGCCAGACGAGUACACGAACCCGCAUACGGCAGCCUUUUGCGAGUUGAUCCAAGUGCCCAACAUUUGGCACGCAACCAAGCAGGAACGGGGCGAGAGGAAGCAGCGGGGGCCGGGGGCCUCGGAGCCCCGGCGCCCGUACGGCGGUGAUGACAGCCGUGGCUAUGGAGGCGGUGGCUAUGGCGGUACUGGUGGUUACAGAGGAAGAGGCAGAGGAGGCCGCGGUGGUGGAUUUUCCCGAGGCGGCGGCCGGGGUCGUGGAAGAGGUGGAUAUUAUUAG